AAUGACAACUACCCUUCCUUUUAUAUCAAAGAAUAAGAACUAGUAAAUAAUCAUAAUAUUUGUAGUGUGGAAAUGAAAGCUGUUACAUGGCAAAAAGAUUCUCAUGGAUUGUUUGAUUAUGAGACUAAAUCUUUAAGCGUUAAAAAACAUAGGGUUGAAGGAUCAUGCAAAGUUAGCAGAGAAGGUUUGAAAGUGUUAAUUUAUUAUAGAGAAUGAAAUAGUUAUAUAAGAUGGAAAGGCUAAGGAUGAGGCACACUUACCUCUAACAUCCAUUUAAGCUUAAGGAGGUAUAAUUCUUAUUUAAGAUUCAGACUAAUAUUUUAUACAACCUAAUUAAAACUCAACAGAAAAUGAAAAUUAUUUAAUCGUUCGUAGUUUAAAAAAUGCUGAUGGUGUUUAAAAGGUAUUAAUAUUUAUUACAGUAUAGGGUUAUACAUUAUAAGAGGGGGAUCUACUAAAAUUAGGUAGAGUUGAAUACCAUGUGAUCGAAAUCAGAGACAGUAAAGGAUAAAUAAGAACAGUGAAAGAUGUUUUCUAAUCAGAAGCUAAAAUAACACCUUCUUUAGAUGGAAAUGUAACAUAAUAGUGCAAAAUAUGUUUAAAUGAAGAAGAAACCCCAGAAGAUCCAUUUAUUACUCCUUGUAAAUGUAAUGGAAGUUGUGCUUAUGUGCAUUUUAAUUGUCUUAAACAAUGGUUAGAAAGUAGAGGAUAUAAAAAAGAAUCUGGCAAUACUAUUUCAUAUAGAUGGAAGAAGUAUUAAUAAUUAUAUAUCUUUUAGAUUAGAGUGUGAAGUAUGUUAGGAAUUAUUGCCACAAUAAAUUAGAUUCAAAGGAAAAGUGCUAGACUUAGCUGCAUUAGAAAGACCAAAUUAACCAUAUAUAAUUCUUGAAAAUACAUAAAUAUCAGAAAAGGAUAAAAAGGCUUAAAGAGGAAUCUAUCUUAUCAAAGGAACUCCAGAUGAUUAAAUCAAAUUAGGUCGAGGACAUUAAUGUGAAAUUAGAAUUUCAGAUAUCUCAGUAUCAAGAUUACAUGCGUUUAUCAAAUAUGAAAAGGGGAAUUUUGUUAUAGUUGAUAAUAAUAGUAAAUUCGGCACUUUAGUUCGUCUCUAAACUCCAUAUCUUAUAUGCAUGGAUAAAAUUGCUAUAUAAGUAAUUUAUAUAAAAAUAUAAUUUUUAGGUUGGAAGAACUGUUUUGACAUUUGUUAUGAAAUCCUUUUAGAGUCUUAAUCCUAACAUUAAUGGUGCCGGUGUUUAGACUAUGAAUAUGACUGAUUAAUAAAGAGCUGCCUUAUAAGGAGGAGGCUAAACUGGAUUUUAUUAAGGGGCAAACAAAACAUAAACAAAUAAUAAUAACAAUAACUAGAAGAAAAAUGAUAAACAUUCUGGUUGAAUGAAAAUAUAUAAAUUUAUUCCAAUUUACAAAUACACUAUAAGAUGAUACUUAUAUAUUUCUUUUACCUUAAUCCAUUAGACUAAAUUUUAAGCAAUUUUAAUUAAAAAUAACUAAUUAAAUAAGAAAAAAUUAUUACUAAAUAUUAUAUAAAUUAGGUAAUUAAACUAUAUUGCCUAUAUCAAUUUAGAUAGAAAUAUCUUNAGACAGUAAAGGAUAAAUAAGAACAGUGAAAGAUGUUUUCUAAUCAGAAGCUAAAAUAACACCUUCUUUAGAUGGAAAUGUAACAUAAUAGUGCAAAAUAUGUUUAAAUGAAGAAGAAACCCCAGAAGAUCCAUUUAUUACUCCUUGUAAAUGUAAUGGAAGUUGUGCUUAUGUGCAUUUUAAUUGUCUUAAACAAUGGUUAGAAAGUAGAGGAUAUAAAAAAGAAUCUGGCAAUACUAUUUCAUAUAGAUGGAAGAAGUAUUAAUAAUUAUAUAUCUUUUAGAUUAGAGUGUGAAGUAUGUUAGGAAUUAUUGCCACAAUAAAUUAGAUUCAAAGGAAAAGUGCUAGACUUAGCUGCAUUAGAAAGACCAAAUUAACCAUAUAUAAUUCUUGAAAAUACAUAAAUAUCAGAAAAGGAUAAAAAGGCUUAAAGAGGAAUCUAUCUUAUCAAAGGAACUCCAGAUGAUUAAAUCAAAUUAGGUCGAGGACAUUAAUGUGAAAUUAGAAUUUCAGAUAUCUCAGUAUCAAGAUUACAUGCGUUUAUCAAAUAUGAAAAGGGGAAUUUUGUUAUAGUUGAUAAUAAUAGUAAAUUCGGCACUUUAGUUCGUCUCUAAACUCCAUAUCUUAUAUGCAUGGAUAAAAUUGCUAUAUAAGUAAUUUAUAUAAAAAUAUAAUUUUUAGGUUGGAAGAACUGUUUUGACAUUUGUUAUGAAAUCCUUUUAGAGUCUUAAUCCUAACAUUAAUGGUGCCGGUGUUUAGACUAUGAAUAUGACUGAUUAAUAAAGAGCUGCCUUAUAAGGAGGAGGCUAAACUGGAUUUUAUUAAGGGGCAAACAAAACAUAAACAAAUAAUAAUAACAAUAACUAGAAGAAAAAUGAUAAACAUUCUGGUUGAAU